CUGGUCAACGUUAGUCUGUGUGGUCAAAACGGGUAUUGCACUCUUAAAAUCAAGGGAGUCAUGUCAGUCAACUGAAGUCAAACGUGAAGUUGAUAAAACAAUAUAACGAGCUGUCGCUGUUAAACUGUGAACGGGCAGACCUCUGGAAGAUGAAAAUGUGAAGUAAACUGCGAAGCAAACCAGUUGUACUUUGGCCUCACAACAAAGAUGAGAAAGUUAGCUAGCAGGAUAAAGUUUGAAACAACCGGAGAGUUAGCUCGUUUUACAGUGUUGCUAACGUUAGCUAGCUAACGUUAACUAGCUAAGAUGCAGCGAAAAUGGAGGGAAGAAGAGAGUCAACAAACAGUGUAAUAUGGAUAUUGACUGCCUCAUCUUGAUGACAGAAUUCAACAAUGGGAUUCGGCGUCAAAAAACGCUUGUUUUUAAAGAGUGGCAGCUUCUCAGAUCUCUACCUCAGACACCGGAGGACAACUUGGGUCAGACUUUACUCCUCAAAACAGCACAGCAAUGGACAACGGCACCGAUGACAUCUUCUACUCUGCUUACGGGAGCUUUGACUUUUCAGGCUUCUGGAAUGCAAGUAACGACACAGGCUCUGACUUUUGUGAGCCUGGAGAGCAAGAGUUCACCAUCAAAGCCUUCCAGACUUGUGUUUUCUGCCUGAUCUUCUUGCUGGGCGUGGUCGGAAACUGCCUCGUGAUCGCCACCUUCGCUCUCUACCGCCGCCUCCGGCUUCGCUCCAUGACUGACGUCUUCCUGUUGCACCUGGCGAUUGCCGACCUCCUGCUGCUCCUCACGCUCCCGCUGCAGGCCGUCGACACCAACGUGGGCUGGAGGUUCGACACCCACCUGGGCUGGAUGUUCUCCGUUCUCCUCUGCAAGGCCACGCGCGCCAGCUACGCCAUCAACACGUACAGCGGGCUUCAGCUGUUGGCCUGCAUCAGCGUCGACCGCUACAUGGUGGUGGCACGCGCCCAAGAGAUGCUCAGGCUGCGCCGGCGGAUACUUACGGGCGGGAAAGUAGCCGCGGUAGGCGUGUGGCUUGUUGCGGUGCUCCUCAGCUUGCCGGAAAUCCUCUACUCCGGGGUGUCUAGAUCUGACGAGGACGAGGACGAGGACCCGUACUGCGGCAUGCAAAAGAGCGGAACGGUCAAAAUGGCCACCAACGUCGCCAUCAUUGCCGUCUUCUGCCUGUCCCUCUUCGUCAUGGUGACGUGCUACUCGCUGAUUGCUCGAGUGCUGUGGGAGGGGAACGCACAGCGGCGGGGGAAGCAGUGGCACCGGCAGCGGACCCUGAAGCUGAUGGUGGCCCUGGUGCUGGUCUUCCUGCUGUUCCAGCUGCCGUACACGGUGGUGCUGUCGCGUAAAAUGGCGGGUUCGUUCUGCGCUCUGCUGUUGGAGUACAUCACCUGCACGCUGGCGUACACCCGCUGCUGCCUCAACCCCAUCCUGUACGCCCUGGUAGGCGUGCGCUUCCGCAACGACGUGCUGCGGCUCGUCCAUGACUCGGGCUGCCGGUGCGGGCUCCGGGCGGCGCCGCAGAGUCUCGGCUCCACCUCCGUCUCCCCCUCGUCGCCUGCUUCCAAAGUGCUCUCGGUUUGCUCUCCAGCGUCCCCCGAGCCCAGCUGCUCCAGCAACGAGACUGCGCCCACCAAGUUUCAGUUUCCAGGAGCCCCACAUCUUUAUUCAAGGAGUAGACUAUAAACUUGUUGUGCGCUUUGUUUACAUGUGUAUAUAUUCUUUACAAAGAAAAAUGUCAACAUCAAAAACAUCAUCGGCAAUUCUUAGGUGCUGGUGCGUUGGAAAAUAUCACAUUAGACUGGAGACAAGUAAGAUUCCGCACUCUGAUCUUGCUACAGCAUCAUUUAUAGAAGAUAACCUUCUGGACCUUUGUCGAGAGUAUCUUCGUCAUUUGUAAAUACUCUUGAUGAAGGUCCAGAGGGGCCAAAAUGUUAGUAUCUUCAAUAAAUCAUGAUGCUGAACAAGAGGAAUCCUCCUUUUUUAAGGUUUAUAUAGAUAUUCCCCAACAGGAUACAAAAUGUAGAGGCCAGAAAUGUUA